GUUAUAGCAACAUGUCUGAUGCUGAGUUGAAAUACGAAUACCCCCUCCACGUGGUUGAUCCCAAAAAUUUGACAACGUGUCAACAAGCGGAAGUGAACAAGAGACAAAAUGAGGCUGAUCGUAUUAAGAAAAUGAUAUCUAAAAGGGAUGUAUUGGCUGCAAAACUCAGAGUUCUGGAUGAUGAUAUAAGAAAUGAAGUGGCACGAAUGAAUGCUCGUCGUGAGGCAUAUGAUUUAGAUGUUGCGAGUAAAAUGAGACGCGAGGAUGCUACCCUCAGUUUGAGGAAAAGAAAACUCAUGCAAAUGGAUAAUCGUCUUGAUAAUGAAGCAGACAUCCUUGAAAAAAGAGCUAGAGCUCUUGAAGAUCAAAAUGUAAGAUUCAUCCAACCGACGACCACACCAACUUCUCUCGCUCCAACUUCUCCGACUAUCCGAAUGAGUAUGCUGACACUUCAGGCAAUUCAAUCGGACGAGGAAUCAAAUUAAAUAAUGUUUAAACAAAUAAAUAAUAGUUGUUAAAA